GACGCACGCGCCACCUGUAUAAAAGGCGAGCACCGGGUAAGCCGGGGCGUGGCUCCGGCGGCUCCUGCAUUGGGCCUUGAUGCUGCUCCUGUCUGCACGUGAUCCUCCAGAGCAAGACCAGAGGCAAUCCAGGGAAGACUGCUGGGAUGAAUACCUUCCAUCCUCUCCCUAUGUACCAGAAAUGGGAUCGUCUGACAGUGCCCAAUGGGCUGGAGGCUGUGAGCAUGGAGAGCAAGGGCUGCCUGAGCAGCGGACGGUGAAGAGACAGAUGGGACAUCGUUGGAACGCAGGCCCAAGGAGAGGCCCCGUGCAGCUCUCUUCAGGGACCAUCCCGGGGUGCUCGACCUGUCCCUGCAAGAAGAACACCCAUCACCACCAAUCUCUUCAUGCGUCUGCCCGUUGGCCACCUUUCCUACCCACCACCAGCCCAACCUGCUUCCUCCCCACACAUCUUGGCCUUGUGGCACUCCUAGCCCCACACUGUGGCCAUGCUGCAUCCUUCUAUCUGUCCUGUAUCAUCUUCUGCUUCUCCACUGGUAUGUGGAGCAUGGGCAGACUGUGCCUGUUCUCUCCUCAGGGCCUUUGCUUCCCUGGCUUUUCCCAGCUGGCACCCACAUGCACACAGCUGUGCAGAUCCUUCCCAAAUAACAGCCUUCAUCCUGUGGGAUGGAAUAAACCUCCUUUCCACACACAGACUUCAAUGGCUGCCUCCUGCAUCUUCUUUGUCCUCCUCCUCCUAAGAACCCCCUCACACCAUGAGCACAAAACAUCACCUUGCACCUGGCAGUCCACACACCUGGAUGAUGCCAUCUCCCAUGUCAGCCUUUAGUGCUGAGCAAGAGUUGUCCAACUUCCAAGCACCUCUGAUGGAGCCAGUCUAAUAAAGCUGUGCUAACCCUGA